AUGGCAGGCCCUGUACGACAACCGAUCGAUCUGGCGUCGCUCGAGCGCUACAUCGACAGCAAUGUGCCGCAGAUCAAGACGCCUCUGCAGCUUAAGCAGUUCGGCUUCGGCCAAUCGAACCCUACGUACCAGCUCACGGACGCCACAGGCACGAGAUACGUGAUGCGAAAGAAGCCCCCGGGAAAACUGCUGUCCAAGACCGCUCAUCAGGUCGACAGAGAGUACAAGAUCAUCAAGGCGCUGGGCCAGACGGAUGUGCCCGUACCCAAGGCGUAUUGCUUGUGUCAAGAUCCCAGUGUUGUCGGGACCGAUUUCUAUAUCAUGGAAUUUCUUGAUGGGCGUAUGGUCACCGAGCCGCAUUUCCCAGGUAUUGGGUCGCAGGAACGAGAGGAAAUGUGGCACGAUGCCUUGCGAACGCUGGCGAAAUUCCACAAGGUGGAUUUCAAGAAAGUCGGGCUCUCGGAUUUCGGGCGCCACGGGGGAUUCUAUGACCGGCAGCUCAAGACAUUUGGGACAUUGUCCAAAGCACAGGCCGAAGCGGUGGACGUAGACAGCAAAACCCCCGUAGGAGACAUCCCGCACUUCCACGAGAUGGUGGACUUCUUCAAGCAGAAAUCCACACAGCCCAAAGACCGCACCACGCUCAUCCACGGUGACUAUAAGAUAGACAACCUGGUGUUCCAUAAAACCGAGCCGCGUGUGAUUGGGAUCUUGGACUGGGAGAUGGCGACCAUUGGACACCCGCUGUCAGAUCUGGUGAAUCUCACCAGUCCCUGGAUCUGGGUGGGCAACAAGAACAUCGGCUCUGCGCAUUCGACAGGCAGAUCGAUGGUUGAGCCCUUCGCCGUCGGCGUCACUCCCGGUCUUCCUACUUUAGAACAGGCUGUGCAGUGGUAUGCAGAGGCAUCUGGAUAUGAGCCCAAGCUGGAACUGGACUGGGGCAACGCCUUCGGUGCCUUCAGAGGGGCCAUAAUCAUGCAAGGGAUUGCAGCACGAUAUGCACGGAGACAGGCCAGUGGCACCACGGCCGCAAACUAUGCAGCCCAAAUGGGUCCCUAUGGCGAGUGGGCCAACAGCCUGGUAGAGAAGCUUAGGGAGACCUCGAAAGGAAGUGGAAAGGCCAAGCUAUAG